AUGGAAUUUGAUGCUCUGUCGCAAGAGCUCGUCGAUCUCAUCGUCGACCAUGUCGUGGACAGCGCGACAUUGAAAUCCUGUGCGCUUGCCGCGAAGAAGCUGUGUCCCGCCGCCCAGCGCAACCUAUUCUCCUCGCUACAGAUCAUGGCGCCCGUUAAGCCACCGAUGGCGUCCUUGGGCUCGUUCCCCACAAUCGCGCAACUCGACAGCAUGCUUUCAUCUGCGGCACAUCUCCCGCCUUACGUCCGCUGUCUCACCUUGUGUGGCGACCCUGAGCGCCAGGUCGUCACGUGGAUCCAGUCCGCCGCCCCCGCGGCCCUUAUCGCUCGCUUCGACCAUCUUACCACCCUGGUGAUUGACUGCGAGGUGUUCCAGAUGCAUCCCACUGGGAAUGCCUGGGCGGACCUCGUCCAUCUGGCCACCAAGACCGCACUGGCGAGCCGGCUGGCGCUGCCCACUAUGCGGACGCUGGCGCUCCGAUAUCUGCCCCUCGCUGAACUUGUCGAGCUGCUCCAGUUGAUUCCAGAACCCUGGGAGCGUCUGUGCAUCCAACGCCUGUUCGUCAAGAUCCCGGGGCUGCCAAUUCACGGGCGGCUUGAUUCCCCGCAACUUGAUAUGCCUGCCAAUCUACAAGGGCGCAAGCUUACGCUCGACUCACUCGUGCUGGAUGGCCCUCUUGCCCACUUCCCACCGUGGACCUCCGACUUGAUCGAUGUCUCCGUUCUUCGUCAACUCCACAUCGUCGUCCGCCUCGUAGCGGACGAGACAUUCGCGCAAUCCGUGUUCAUGGAGCGUGCGACUGCGCUGGAGCAUUUGCACAUUGUCCUCAACCAAAAUCUUCUCCGCUUCGACCUUGGGCGCCCGGACCUUUUGCCUCCCCUCGCCACCUCCCUCGGGAUCGGCGGCCUGCCCAAGCUACGGACGCUCCGACUCCAGUUCGCGCUCUCGACCGAGCUGCGGCUCCUACACCAGGCGCUCGAGUGGGUCCGCAGCGUGCUCUCGUGCAUCACACCCCCAGCUCCGUGCGCGGCGCAUGCGCCACGUCCUCCUCGACAUUACGGUAGCGCUCGCACUGGGGCGGCUCGGGCCAGAGGCACCCGGGUAUCCCGACUUCCUCGUCAGGUACCCCUCGCCCCCACACUCACUGUCCGCCUCCACCUGGCUCCCGGCGCGCCGGAGGCUUUUGUUCUGGCCAGAUCCGCCUUGCUGGACUUCUUCAAGGACCUGCCGCGGGAUGUCGUCGUAGUCAAAGCGGCCUAA